AUGCCCUCCCUCUUUGAGUAUGUGAGUAAUAAAAUGGUCAAAAAGCUGGGAGGCGAAGACCUGAAGCCUGUCCAGUGCUUGUUGGAUGCCAACAAAUUCCGCCCGCUGAACAUCGUGCGGAAGAACUCUCAGUCGAGGUUUUGGGAGCGGCCCGAUGAUAGCCCAAUGGAAUACUCCCUCGUGGACAUCCUGAAGGCAGGCACUCCAGUACCAGAAACCGUCAUGGAAGGACCCUUUCUCUUCAGUGACCCAACGGUCCAGAAGUGGAAGGCUGGCAUAGACGUUGAUGCUGGCCUAGAACUAGGUGUGUCAGGGGAGGCUGCUCACACCCACGAAUCCACUCUUGAGUUUCAGGCCAUUAGGAUCCCAUUCAGAAACCUGGAAAUCCUUCAAAACAGAAAGCUGAGGGAUCCAGAGCCGUCAUUUUUGAAGGCCUGCCGGCGGAGAGGGGACAACCUGUAUGUAGUGACAGAGACUGUCGAACUGAUCAACAAGACUGUGCUGCGAGAUGCAGAUCGUUAUAAUACUCUGGGGAAACUGUCCAUUCGCUGGAACACUGUCAAGGUUCAGGUUCAGGGUGAGAGUCAUAAGGAGACAGAAACCAAACUGACCAUCCCAGGCAGCACCGUGAUGGCGUAUAAGAAGAAGCAGCUGGUGGUCACAGACAGAACCAUUGAUCUCAUCUCUGGUGAUGCCAAGCAGAAAACCUUUCAAGAUGAGAAGUUCAAGCAUCAGAAGUUGACAUUGCGCAUAGUUCCUUUUGGGAUGCCUCAACUUCACAGUGCAAAAUUAUCCCACUUCCAGCUCCUACAACAGGAAGUUUCAGAGAAAGCGUUGGCACUGGCCUGGCUCACCAAGGACAUUCAAGGUGUCAUCUUCCACAAUGUCUUGUCCCUGCUCGGGGACAGAGGGGCUCUGAAGGAUCUGACGGACAUGCUGGAAUUGGAUACCGGGGGUCAUUUGGAUGGCCCCGGAGGAGUUAUCCUAGAGGUGCUUCAACAGAACUCAGGACCUUUCUUGGAGACCCCACAGCAGCUCAUUGUCUACCUUCUGCAAGCCCUAAUGGUGCUGAGUGACACCCAACUCCAUCUGCUGGCCCAGUCUGUGGAGAAGAGGAUUCUACUGCAGCAGUGGGAGCUGGUGAGGAGCAUCUUAGAGCCAAACUUCAAAUAUCCCUGGUGCAUUCCCUUCACGCUCCAAGCGGAGCAUCUUGCACAACUCCAGGCCGAGGGUGUGGCCAUCACCUAUGGCCUGCUAGAGGGGUGUGGCCUGAGGAUGGAGCAGAAGAGCCCCAAUUCAACCUGGGUCCUGGAGGCCAAGGAACCCCUGUCUGCCCUCUAUGGGACACUGUCAUUGCUGCAGCAACUGGUGGAGGCCCAACCCUUCUCCAAGAGAGAGUCAGUCCAGGCUGAGAACUAG